AUGGAUAACGAGGGAAAUUUAGAAAGGAUGAUGGGGGAGUGGUUGGAGUAUGCUGAAACUAAUUUGUCAAGUUCUGAUGAAGAAGAACAAGCGAAGGAAAGGAAAAAAGAGAACGUACGAAAGAAGAAGAAUGAUCGACAAAAUCAAGAUAAGGAAAAAGACAAAGAGACCCAGAAAGAUGAUAACGAAAAAGAAAAGGAGAAAGAGGUUGAACGACCAGAAAAGAAGCAAAGGGUUCGAAAGAAAACAUCGAGCGUGUGGGAUCAUUACACUAUGUUGCCUGAUUGUGAUCCUAAGAAGCCAAGAGCUGCUUGCAAUUAUUGUGGCACCGAUUAUGCGGCUGAUACAAAGUUGAAUGGGACUAGCACACUAUGGGCACAUGUGGAGAGAAAAUGUAAGAAGUGUCCUUUCAGUGACUGGGUUGAGCAAAGUAAGAAGCAACAAUCAACUAUGGAUAGAUUUACUAAAAAGACAACAACAUGCAAUGAAGAAGAAGUCGCUUCAAGUGGGCUUCUGCUAAAGUUUAAUCAAAAUGCUGUUAGGAAAGUGAUCGCCGAAUAUAUCAUUAUGGAUGAGUUAUCCUUUAGGCACGUGGACGGAAAAGGAUUUCAGAAGCUCAUUAAACAUUUCUUUCCCACAUUUCAGUUCCCAUCAAGAUUUACUGUUGCAAGAGAUAUUUACAAUGCGUUUCUAGAUCAGAAGAAAGAGUUGAAGUCGAUUUUGGUGAAGCACAGAGUGAUGUUGACCACCGAUUAUUGGACAUCAAUCCAGAAUAUUAGUUAUUUGUUUUUUGCAGUGACGGUUGACAAUGCCUCCUCAAAUGACGUUGCUCUUAGAAAAUUGAAGGGGCACUUGUUGGACAAAGACAAUACCAUUCCAUUGAAUGGCGAAAUGUUUCAUAUGAGGUGUUCAGCUCAUAUUUUGAAUUUGAUAGUAACUGAUGGGUUGAAAGAGUUGAAUGAUGCAAUUUCAAGCAUUCGAAAUGCGGUGAGAUAUGUCCGGUCAUCUCCAGCUAGACUGAAAAGAUUUAAAGAAAGUUGCAAGGAUGCAAACAUUGAAUCAAAAGCCUUGUUAUGCUUGGAUGUGGUUACUGGGUGGAACUCCACCUACUUGAUUUUAGAAACUGCUAUAAAAUUCAAGAAGGCUUUUGAGAAUUUGGAAGCAGAUGCGAACUACACAAAGUACUUUGAUGAAGAAAGAAUGGAUGGCCCACCAACCAACCUAGGCUGGGAAAAAGCAGUUGUAUUUGUCCACUUUUUGAGGAGAUUCUAUGAUCUUACUAAUCGAUUUAGUGGGUCAUUAUAUGUCACAUCCAAUCUAUUCCUUCCAGAUAUUUUGAAGGUUCAAGCUGAUUUAACUACUAUGGCUUCUAAUCCUGAUACUUUGUUAGGGGCUAUGGCAGUUAGUAUGAAACAAAAGUAUGACAAGUACUGGGGAAGGAUUGAGAAGCUCAAUAUGUUGACAUUUAUUGCCAAUAUCCUUGAUCCAAGGUAUAAAUUAGAGGUUGUGAAUCGUUGUUUCAAAUUUGUGUACACUUCAAGUGAGGCUGAAAAAAUGAUAAAGUUGGUGACAAAUACUUUGGCACAGCUAUAUGCUUUUUAUAAACAACAACAACCAUCUCAGUCAUCUCAAGCUCAACCAUCUCAAUCUCAGUCUCAGCCAUCUCAGCCUGUUAUCAAUUCCACUACAGAAUCAUUUCUUCAAGGGCAACUACAACUUAGUGAUGACAUUGAAGAAGAUGAUCUUGAAUAG